AUACAACCAGAAGAAGCUUUUCGGAGGUUGACUUCUAGACCAUUGGGAAGUAAAACAAACAACCUCAAAAUUAAAUAACCUGAUACUCUCUUUUUCAAAUGCAAUCCUCUGUGGUCAAAUUAGUCAAAAUACGCAGGGUGUGAACGGAUGCGGCCCUAACUUACGGAAAAUAUUUUUGCGAUAAGUGUAUCAUGCUAAUAAUUUUCAUAGCUCAGUACAUACCUCAGUUUAACCAACACGCAACAAGUCACCACAACUUGCUUCACUGGUGAAAUGAUACUUGGGAACCAUUUGCGAUGCCUGGAUACCACUUAACACCAAUUGAUCGAUCUGGGAUCGACAAAAAGAACUUAUGUCCUAAAUGCGACGAGCUCCUCAGAGAGGCAGUGCAGACCAUAGCGUGCGGCCACAGAUAUUGCAAGGCAUGUGUGGAAGAUAUUCUAAGUCAGGGACCAAGAAAAUGUGUCAUAGAUGGGACAAUCAUUCAGCGAAAACAGGUUUUCCAGGACCGAUUUGUUGAGCGAGAAAUCCAGUCAUUGACGCUACACUGCGUCAACUAUGAGCUCGGUUGUAAAUGGAAGGAUGAACUGAGAAAACGAGAGGCCCAUGAAGCUGUUUGUGAGUAUGUGAAAGUACCUUGUGUUCACUCCGAUUGCGGCGAACUGGUAAUUAGAGCCCAGUUAGCAGACCAUCUGAAACAGAGGUGCCAGUAUAGGUUGGACACAUGUGAGUACUGCCAUACUCAAGUCAUUUUUGCAGUUGUAAAGGAACAUCAUGAAACCCAAUGCCCUGCGGUGCUAAUCGAAUGCGCAAAGUGUAACAGGAAGGACAUUCCUCGUGGGCAGAUGGCUUCUCAUAUUGACCCAAUGAACGGAGACUGUGAAGAGAUAACAGCUCCUUGUCCUUGGUCGCAAAUCGGAUGUCCUGAAUCUAAGACCAUGAAGCUGCAAGAUAGAAAGGCUCAUAACGAGAAAAAUGUUGCUGGGCAUAUGACGCUCCUCUUUCAAACAGUCAUGCAACUUCUCUCUUUGGUAGGGAGUAACUUUCGUGAACCAAAUUGCGUCAAUACUAAAGGUGUAAACAUGCCAUCCCAGAAAGAAUUGGAGAGAUUUGCUGAACAGAUAGAACACGCGUUAAAAGAGAAUGAAGAAUUAAAAUCCAAGUUGUUUCAACAAGAACAACGCAUACACCAGUUAGAAAGUGGUGGUGCUGGGCAAAACGAACCUAUUCCGAAUUCAUCUGCAACAGAUCAAAAAUCAACGAUGGAGCUCUCACGGAGAAUUCAUAAUGAAGAAGCUAAAACAGCUGACCUUGAAGUUCUCAUCAUCGAAGGGAACAGACAGAAUGAAGAUCUUCAACGGCAGGUUGCCACUUUAGCGAGAGCACUGGAAGCUGCCAAAGAGACGAUUAACAGGUUACAGAGGCAGUUUGAGUCUAUGAGUCACUCCCUAGCUUUGCGCAAUGUCACUCUGAGCGAUUUAGAGGAAUACGUGACACAACAAGAAGUAUCCAGUCAAGACGGAGUCUUACUGUGGAAAAUUUCCGACUUCGCCAGGAGACGACGAGAUGCACAGUCAGGAGGUCAAGUGUCAUUUUACAGCCCGUGUUUCUUCACAAGUCGUUAUGGAUAUAAGAUGUGUGGGCGUAUCUAUUUAGAUGGUGACGGCAUCGGCAAAGGAACCCAUAUCUCAAUCUUCUUUGCGGUGAUGCGCGGUCAGUAUGACGCGAUGCUCCGCUGGCCAUUCAGACAGAAGGUUACCUUCAUGUUAUUGGAUCAAGAUAAUGUGGAACACGUGGUUGACACAUUCCGUCCAGAUCCUAACAGCUCCUCUUGCCAGAGGCCAAGAAGGGAAACGAACAUAGCAAGUGGAUGUCCUACCUUCUGCCCCCUGUCGGAGUUAAACAACCACGUUUACGUCCGGGAUGACACCAUGUUCAUAAAAAUUAUAGUGGACACCACAGAUUUGUAAACCGGCCAGAAAACUUUUCAGAGUGAUAAUUUGGUGAAAACUUCUCGUAGUGUCUGACCGUUUUCUGCCCCAGUCUGGUGUCGUUGACUUCUGGAAGCUAAAAAGCUAGCUUAAUAUUCUUGAGCAAACUAAACGACCCCUUUUAAUGACGAUCUUAGCCCUUAGAAUGGAUAUGAAUUUUAAAUGAAUGAUCUAUAUUUAGAAGUUGGACAUCGAUGGGAAGUUUUGCAGUAACAAUUUACUUUAGCCUUUAUAUCUUUGUGGCAGUGGAACGUCGAUAUCUAGAAGGCAGAUAUCGAUGGGACGUUUAGGAAUAAUAACUUGCAAGAUUAUAAACUGUCUGAUCACUAACUUUUAAACUCCUGAUAUUGCCUCUUUAGUGAGGCUGAUUGUUUCACUGUACUUCGGUUAUUAGCUUGUUGUGUACACUAAAACAGUGGCUAGCUUUUAAAGGCGCGCUCGGAUUGGCCACUUAAACUCCGAAUAUCCUCUGCUACUCACCUUCGAAGACUCGCACGGGGUUUGCGCCCGAGAAUACAGUAAUCGUUGUAGGAAUAAAUGAGUUAGAAUUA